CAAGGACAAAGCAGACAGUGUGUGGUUAAGACUAUACUUUCAGGGAUCAUUUCUAUAGUUCGUUACUAGAGAAGUUUCUCUGAACGUGUAGAGCACCCGAAACCACGAGGAGGAGGCGUAGCGUUCUCUCCUGAGCGUGAAGCCGGCUCUUGGUGUCGCUUGUGUGACUGCCAUUUGCCAUUGAUGAUCGUUCUUCUCUUCCACUUGGGGGAGUAAGAGGGAGAAAACGCAAUCUGAGUGGUUUCGGUUUUUAAACUGUGUCAGGAAUUGAAGUGUGUGUUUUUGUUAGGGCGUUGUGUAUACGUACGGGUUUUAGUGUCAGAGUUUGUUUUCGCGUUCACUAUUGUUUGGUGUAUAGUUUCGUAUUUUUUUUUUUCUGGUCUGCUUUGUAAGUUAAUUUUUCUGGUUAGUUCGGGAUAUUCUGCACGUGGGUAGCUAUAACAUGUUUUAUUUGGGGGGAGGUUAUUUAGGAAGUAGCUCCGUUGUGUUGGUUUUUAUGGUUGACUAGUACGUUCCAUCAACAUAAAGUAUACAACAGUUUCCUUAUUGUGUUAUUUGUUGAUGGGCGGUUAGGUUGCUUCCAUGUGUUCGCUGUUUAUUGUAAGUAAUAUUGUUAUGAACGUUGGGGAGCAAGUAUCUUGUUGAGUUACUUUUCUCGCAGUGGGGUUGUUGAAUCUUAGGUAAAAUCUAUUUUCGGUUUUUAAAGGAGUUUUGAGUUUUCUACAGUGACUGUACCAAAUUACAUUCUCAUCAACAGUGUAGGAGAGUUCCCUUUUCUUCACACCUUCUCCAGCAUUCUUUGUGCCCAUUCUGACUGGCCUGGAGGUGCUACCUCAUUGUAGUGUGGAUUUGCAGUUCCCUGAUAAUUAGAGAUAUUGAGCAUCUUUUCAUGUGCCUAUUGGUCACCUUUAUGUUUUCAUUCGAGAAAUGUCUGUUUAGGUCUUCUGCCCGUUUUUUAGUUGUUACUGAGUUGUAUAAGCUGUUUGCAUAUUCUGAAAAUUAAACCCUUGUCAGUCCCAUGGUUUGCAAAUAUUUCCUCCUAUCCUGUAGGUUGUCUUUUCAUUUUGUUUAUAGUUUCCUGUGAUGUGCAAAGCUUAUAAAUUUGAUUAGGUCCUAUGUGUUUAUUUUUGCUUUUAUUUCUGUUGCUUUGGUAGACUGACUGACCUAGGGGAACUUUGCUACCAUUUAUGUCAGAGAAUAUUUUGCCUGUGUUCUCUUCUAGCAGAUUUAUGGUGUCUUGUCUUAUGUUUAAGUUUAUUUUUGUGUAUGGCAUGAGGGAUUGUUCUAACUUCACAUAUACACACGUCCAGCUUUCCCAGCACCACUCGCAAGAGACUGCCUUUCUCCAAUGAAUGUUCUUUUCUCCUUUGCUGAAGAUCAGUUGGCCAGGAGUUUAUGUUGAUGCAGUUAACUCCCUGGGCCAAACACCACUUUUCAUUGCUGCAUUAUUAGGCCUUACAAAAUUAGUUGAUAUCCUGGUGGAUUAUGGAUCAGAUCCAAAUCACCGCUGCUUUGAUGGGAGCACCCCUGUCCACGCAGCAGCAUUUUCAGGCAAUCAGUGGAUCCUCAGCAAACUGCUGGAUGCAGGGGGUGAUCUUCGACUCCACGAUGAGAAUGGUCGAAACCCGCAAACCUGGGCCCUGGCAGCAGACAAGGAACGCAGCACCGCGAUGGUGGAGUUCAUGCACCGCUGCGCCCUGCACAUGCAGACCAUCAUCCAGGGCUUCUCCUAUGACCUCCUGAAGAAGAUUGACUCCCCACAGCGGCUCAUCUGUAGCCUGCCCCGGUUUGGGGGCCUCAUGCCAGGAAACCCUAAUGGCUCUCCUAACCGACUGCUUAAAGCUGGAGUCAUUUCUGCCCAAAAUAUCUACAGCUUUGGCUUUGGAAAGUUUUAUCUUACAGGGGGAACGCAGCUGGCCUACCUAGGAUCUCUUCCAAUAAUUGGAGAAAAAGAAGUGAUUCAAGCUGAUGAUGAGCCCACCUUCUCUUUCUUCAGUGGACCCUACAUGGUCAUGACCAACCUGACGUGGAAUGGGAGCAGGGUGACAGUGAAGGAGCUGAGCUUCCCCACCCACCCACACUGCAGCAGGUUGCGGCUGGCUGACUUGUUAAUUGCUGAGCAAGAGCACAGCAGCAAGUUGCGGCACCCCCACCUGCUGCAGCUGAUGGCCGUGUGCCUAUCCCAGGACCUGGAGAAGACCCGCCUUGUAUACGAGCGCAUCACAGUUGGCUCGCUGUUCUCUGUCCUCCAUGAACGGCGGUCCCAGUUCCCGGUGCUGCACAUGGAGGUGAUUGUGCACCUGCUGCUCCAGAUCUCUGAUGCCCUGAGAUACCUGCAUACUCGGGGCUUUAUCCACCGUUCCCUCAGCUCCUACGCCAUCCACAUCAUCUCCACAGGGGAAGCGAGGCUGGCCAACCUGGAGUACGUGGUGGAAAGCCAGGACGGAGGUGUACACAGGGACCUGACUCAAGUACCCCUUCCCACCCAGCUGUACAACUGGGCUGCCCCAGAGGUGAUCUUACAGAAGGCAGCGACGGUGAAGUCAGACAUCUACAGCUUUUCUAUGAUCAUACAGGAGAUUUUAACAGACAGCAUACCCUGGGAUGGCUUAGAUGGCUCAGUUGUUAAAGAAACCAUAGUCUUGGGAAAUUAUUUAGAAGCGGAUGUCAGGCUUCCAAAACCAUACUAUGAUAUUGUUAAGUCAGGCAUCCGGGUCAAGCAGAAAGACCGAACUAUGAACCUUCAAGAUAUCCAGUAUAUUCUGAAGAAUGACUUAAAGGAUUUUAUUGGAGCCCAGAGGACUCAGCCAGCCGAAAGUCCCAGGGUGCAGAGAUAUGAGCUCCAUCCUGAUGUCAAUGUCUAUCUAGGACUGACUUCAGAACAUCCAAAAGAGACCCUUGACUUGCAAGUAAAAGAGCUGAAGGAAACGGGUAGUCAGCCUCCUUCACCAAGGGGCCCCUCUUCUCCCACUGAGAAAGCAACACUAGAGCCUCCGGUCCCAGACCCGAGCCCAGAGGCCCAGGAGCCUCAGAACCAAGAUGCUGCUUCUCCUGCUUGCUCUGUGGCUGAAGAGGCCAGGAGCUCCAGCCCGGGUCUGGCGAGCCUCUGCAGCUUUGAAAUCAACGAAAUCUACUCAGGCUGCCUGGACCUGGGCGCUGGCUUGUCGUCCAACCAGGUAGAUGAGCUGAAGUCCAUGGAAGAAGAGUUGGAAAAGAUGGAGAGAGAGGCGUGCUGUUUCCACGACGAGGAUGAGAGCUCUUCAGAAGCCGGCACAGAGCUCUCCUUUGAGGACUGGGACUGGCAGAACAGUUCACUUAGUUUACUCGGCCUGCCCGAGCCUGCCCCAGGAGCCCGCGGCACUGUGAGCCGCAGGGCCACGACCGAGGAGUACAUCAGUAAGUGUGUGCUGAACCUGAAGAUUUCACAGACCAUCAUGCACCAGAAUGACGAUUUGCUGCGGAGUAUCCAGCAGAAACUAGAUGAGGUUGAAACGACGCAGAAGGAGCUGGAGGAGCGCUGGUCUUUGUGGGCUUCCUCCAGAGAAGUUCCACGUGCCCGCGACUUCCCGGCAGCCGUGAGCCCCCCAUCUUUAAACUGUGUUCCUCCUGCCAUGCAGCUGCCAGGGGGCAGGCAGCCGGACACUGGUGGCGGCUGCCCAGCCCCAGCACGGUCUCCAAGAACAGUGAGAGACUUUCAAGGAGGACAUUUUGGCAGAAGGUCCAAGAAAAGAAGCGGCUGUGGCUGGACAUCUUUCACCGAAUUCGCAGAAGAAAGCACUAGGGAUCAGUCAGAGCAGGACCAUCAGCUGCCAGCUCUUUGUGACCCUGGAAAACAGAGCACAGGCGAACAGUUUCAGCCCACUCACGGAGCCAAGGACAGUUCGGAAAGAAAGAGGAACCAACAUACCAGCAGGAUCAGUAUGGAAUCAGUGUCUUCUGAAAUCUUUAACGCAAAGUCAAGAAAUAGUGAAGAUGAUGGAGAGACACACUUAAAAUGGAAAAGGGAGGUGAAAGAAAUGGCAGAGAAAGCAGCUUCGGGGCAGCUGGCGGUACUUCCUUGGAGUCCUCAGAACAGUUUGACUUUAGAGAAUGAGGCUGAAAAUGAGCCUGCUCCCCUGCUGCAGCCCCCCAGUCGGGUCUCUGAGCACGUGGAUUGGCAGCGAGCUAUACAGUAUCCCAAGAAAAGUGAUGCGCCGGGAGGAAAUGAGAAGUGUGACAUAACAGACGACAGUGACCGUAACAGGGACCAGCGUGGCAGACAGCCAGGGCCUCCAAGUUUCACUAGUAUCAGCAACCUGCCCCUCAGAAAAAAUGAGCAGCCAGAGCACAGUAAAGUCUUUCCAGCAAAUUCUGAUGCAUCUGUGGUCACUGAGAAACCUUACAGUGAUCAGUUCAGGCAAUCAACUUGUUCACCAGAGUCUUCUGAAGAUGUAACAGAUGAAUUUUUGACUCCAGACUAUGAAUAUUUUUACUUUUCAACUGCUCAAGAAAACUUGACUCUAGAGACCUCAAGUCCCAUUGAAGAAGACUCUGAAGGAACACCGGAUACUUGUGCCCAACCUCAAGCUUCUGAUGAAGAAAAAUUUCAAAUGAGAAAAAGAUUUGGAAAGAAUGCUGAAAUUUUGACCAAGUAUCAAUUCCAACCUAUACGAAGCACUGAAGACAAACAAGAGGAGACACUAAAGGAGUCACCAAAGGAAAUGAAAGAGAAAGACAUAUCAUUGACAGAUAUUCAGGACCUGUCUAGUAUCUCCUAUGAACAAGACGGUUCUUUUAAGGAAGUCUCAUGCAAAACACCCAAAAUAAACCAUGCGCCUACUAGCGUCAGCACGCCGCUCAGCCCAGCAGGGUCAGUUUCUUCAGCUGUUAGUCAAUAUAAAGACUGCCUGGAAAGUAUCACAUUUCAGGUUAAAACAGGGUCUACCUCAUGCUGGAACCGUCAAGAAUUUAUUCAAACUUUGUCUGAUAAAUUUGUAACUGUCCGAGAGAGAGCAAAGCGCCUAGAUUCCCUUCUUACUUCCUCUGCAACUCCCCCUUCAAGACUCACUAAUCUCAGAAGAUUGCCUGCAUUCCCUGGGGCUGGUUCCUCUAGCAUCGCUAAGGCGCCUGACAUAUCAUCCCCUGCUACUCAGAAAAGGAGCCUGCCGAAAGAACUAGUAGAAGCCAUCUCUCAACAUAACAUUGAUGAGCUACCACCACCAUCUCAGGAGCUGCUUGAUGAAGUUGAGCAGUUAAAGUGGCAAGAGGCCUCAUCCACAGUGGUGGAUGAGAACACAGCAAGUCAUCUGGACAUCACUGCAUGUGAUCAAAGCUAUUUAGAAGAACAAGAAACUAACAGUAAAAAAGAAAACAGCAGUAUGCUCUGGACCAAAGAAACUGAGGAUCUAGAAGAGGACACAGAGAGAGCUCACUCUACUCUGGAUGAGGACCUGGAGAGAUGGCUGCAGCCACCUGAGGACAUCACGGAGCUGCAGGAUCUCCCCACGGGCUCGGCAAGGGAGACAAAUACCACGGAUCAAGAAGUUGGCGAAAAAAAGAGAAAAGGGGAAGAAAGCAUCAAGCCAGUGAGAAGGACAUCAGAGAGCUUUUUAGGGACUUCUGAAGAAGAGGAACUAAAAAAACCCUGUUUUUGGAAGCGUCUGGGUUGGUCUGAACCAUCCAGGAUAAUCGUGUUGGAUCAGAGUGACCUGUCCGACUGACGGGAAGUGGACCACAGGUGGACUCCUGGCCUGAGUCUGAGCGUCCUGCUCGGGAGCUCUCUGCUUCCCUAGUCCGUAGGGCUUCUGUAGCGCACGCUCUGUUCAGCUGCCACAGGAGGCAGAAUGACUAGUUUGUUUACAGCACUUUGAGCCAUUUGUUUUCAGUCAGACUUCUGAAAAGUAAAAGGUCGUUUCGAUUGUAAACCUGUCUCACUGUGCCCAGAAUGGCGUUCAGUUUUUUUGACAUAGAUUUAAAAAACUUUCACUCUUGUUAUAUAAUAAAAUGUUUCCUUUUAAUACCAGUUAGGUUUCAGCUGUAAGAUACAUUUCUGUGUUAUGGUUAUUGGGAGAGAAACCACCACUCAAAGAGGUUUCAAUUUCUGUUACACAGUUUGACAAGUAGUCAGCUACUGCUACCCCCAUCAUAUCAACAGGCACCAGUAAUCCAUGUUUUAUAACAGAAAUACUGCCCUCUUUGCUGGGAUUGCCAUAUUCCGUUCCAGCUACGAUGGGCUUACAUGAGGACGGUACUGGUAGGAUUAAAAGCCCAAGAUAUUUUGAACUCUUUAAGGUCAACAAACAUCAUCUCUGAAUAUUUCAGUUUGUGCAUCCCACAUCCUUAGUGUCUCAGAAGAAUGAAACUGUGGUAAGGAAGAUCCCUACAUUUUCUCUAAUUUAGCCUCUUGUGCGGUGCUAGCCAGCUGACAUUUUAUCAGUAAGUAAGUAGUUGGUCUUCUGUUUGUGAAAACUGAAUAGUUCCUGUUGUGGAAGUCAUAUUCAUGUAGUUCUUAGCUCCCCCGAAUCUUACCCUGCACAAAUAAAACAGGAAGUUACCAGUUUAUCUGACCAUUGUAAAGCAAGGAAACAGUUGCUUGCCAUUGUCCAGAGGAAAACUAUGACAGGUUACAAAUAAUUCCACGUGCAAGAAGCUUGGAGGGGUACCGAGACUUACUAACAUGCACUCCUUCUGUCAAAACCUUCAUUUGGUGAGACAAAACCAACAUAUCUAAAAAUGUAAGAACUAAUGGCAGACAUGUCAUGAUAAAUGGCGAGUUAUGAUAUCAUGAUAUGAUAUGAGUCAAGGCUGCAGGUUCUACACAAACUUGCACGGAUGUGCUUUGUAAUCCUUUUGUCUACAGAGUAGACUCUUCUCUCUGGUCAGUGACUAUGUAAUAUUGGCCGAUGUUAACAGUAAUAAUAAUAAACAUUAUAAUAUAUUCUAAUAAAUAACAAUAAACAUGGGUUAUGGAGCACCUA